AUGAAGCUCUCAAAUCCGGGCACCGUCCCGGUCUACACGAUCUCGGGCGCAUCGACCGCCCGCCCACUACCGGACUGGCUUGCCCGCCGCCGCAAGCGAAGCCUCAAGAACGACCCGGAAUACCAGAACCGCGUCGAGUUGCUACAAGACUUCGAGUUCGAAGAGGCCAGCAACUGCAUUCGCAUCAGCGAAGAUGGCGAAUGGGUCAUGUCCACCGGCACAUACAAACCCCAAAUCCACGUCCACAACCUCCCGCAACUGUCUCUGUCCUUUACACGCCACACGACCUCGUUGAACCUUUCCUUUGUCCUUCUCUCGCAGGACUACUCCAAAUCCCUGCACCUACAAACGGAUCGCAAGCUCGAGUUCCACACCCCGAUGGGAUGCCAUUACGAAGUACGGAUACCCAGAUAUGGCCGCGACCUGCUGUACGAUCGACAUGCCGCCGAGGCCCUUGUGCCUGCCGUUGGACUGGACGCCGACGGAAAGGGCGAGGUCUUCCGCAUGAACCUCGAACUAGGGCGCUACAUGAAGUCAUACCAGAUCGAAGUGGGCGGCGACGACGAGACCGGCGGUGGCUUGCAAGGCGGCAUCGGGGUCGGCAGUGUAAAUGUCGGCGCCAUUGCCGAGAACACGCACAACCUCCUCGCCUUUGGAACUUCGAUAGGGACGGUGGAAUUCUGGGAUCCCCGUUCAAAGUCAAGGGCAGCCCUGCUCAGCGGUCACGAUGGCGAGGUUACCGCUCUCGAUUUCGCCUCAUCAGGCCUGUCCUUGGCUACGGGCUCAUCCACAGGCAUGAUCCAGCUCUUUGAUCUCCGGCGUCCAGUGCCUCUUCUGAAGAAAGACCACGGCUACGGGUUUGCGGUUCAGAAGCUCAUUCACAUGACGACCUCAUCGCAAGAGAAGAAGAUUAUGUCUGCGGACAAGCGCAUCAUCAAAAUCUGGGACGAGCAGUCCGGGGACCCAUGGACGUCGGUUGAGCCGGUCGUCGACAUCAACGACGUGGCAUGGUGCAAAAACACCGGAAUGCUGCUCACCGCGAAUGAGGGGAAACAGCAGCAUGCGUUUUUCGUGCCACAGCUGGGGCCCGCUCCGAAGUGGUGCUCUUUCCUGGACAACAUGGUCGAGGAAAUGGCCGAGGAGGUGCAUACGGAAACAUACGACAACUACAAGUUCCUGACGUUGCCAGAGCUGAAACAGCUCAGCCUGGCGCAUCUUGUGGGAAAGACGAAUCUUCUGCGCCCAUACAUGCACGGUUAUUUUGUCGCAUCCAAGCUGUAUGAACAGGCUAAGCUGAUCGCCAACCCGUACGCCUGGGAAGAGGAGAGAAUGAAACGCGUCAAAGACAAGGUCGAGAAGGAGCGCGCCAGCAGAAUCAGGGGCAGCAAGAAGGUCAAGGUCAACCAGAAGCUGGUUGACAAACUGCUCAAGAAGCAGGAGAACAGAGGCGAGGUCGAUACCAACGCCGGCCUUCUCGGAGAUGAGCGUUUCGCUCAGAUGUUUGAGGACGAGGACUUCAUGGUCGAUGAAAACAGCCGCGAGUUCCAGCUGCUCAACCCCAGCACUGUCGUCGAACCAUCUGCGGACCCCGCGGCUCCAUCUCGAUACCAAGCGAAAGAUUCUGAGGAUGAGUCCAGCGAUGAUGACGAGCCCGCGCCGGUGCGCAAGCCCAAGGACGACGUGGUCAUGCGAGUUUCAUCGUCACAGAAUGAUGGUGCAAAGAUGCGCGACACUGCGUUGGGGUCAAGACAACAGAAGUUUGGUCGUGGAGAUAGAGCAAGAACUGGAAACGUGGUUGGCGAGCGACAAGUCUCUUUCGUCCCAGCAUCGAAGAAGAAGAACAGAGAGGAGGAAACGCCAGCGCCGCAGAAGAAAAGCUUUGGGAACCGGCGGAGUGCCAGCUCCAACACGUUCAGAAAGAUGUAA